AUGGUUUCCUCUUUAAGUGAUGUUUUCAGACAUGGAUUCGACCGUGAAGCACUAUCUGCUGUCGCCACACUAUUCACACAUUCAAUAUUGAAACAGCUUAUGACGGAUGGAAGUGCGUACGUUAUGACGUUUACGGAGCUGCUAUCACUGAAAAGUCAAGCCGUUUAUGAUGCUGUAGAAAAGGUUGGAAGCCUUGUGGCAAGGAUUGUGUUGACACCUUUGGAAGAGAUGUGCUAUGCAUACUUCUCAAAUAACAUCAACAAGAACACAAAAAUCUUUGUGAAAAAUGCAGACUCUCACGAUUCUUUGAUAGAAAAUUUCGCUACCACUUUACAUGUUGCAUCUGUCGUUGGGAUUGUGGUUACUGACUCUCACGACUCUUUGAUAGAAAAUUUCUCUACAACUUUACAUGUUGCAUCUGUGGUUGGGAUUGUGGUUACUGUAUUUGGUAUACCAUAUUCACCUCUAGCUGUGUUUUCUCAUGGAGGUUUCCUCUUUAUAUCUGCCAUUGGUCACUUGGUGCUCAGUUUUAUAUUAUGUUCAUAUAUGAAUGCGUCCGGAUUCAUCAUAGCGAAUGCCAUAAACAUGUUAUUCCGAAUAGGAUAUAGGUGA